AUUAAGCACAUGAAAAUUCAGUGGUGCUUGCCCGGGUUUGAACCCACGAUCAUCGGUUAAGAUUCACGCGUUCUUACCACUAAGCCUUCUCGGCUCCUAUUAUAUAAAUGCAAUUAACAAAUAGAAAUUAAAUAUUUUCAAUGUCAUUGAAUGUGGUCUCAAACUUUUUGUUUGCAAAUGAAUAAUUGUCCAAGACAAUAAAUAAUAAUAUCUUGUCUAUGUACUUGACAGUUGUCACUAAAUUAGUGGAUUGGCCACAGUGAAAUUAAUUUUCAAAAUAAAAGGAAUCUGUGGUGUAUAAAAUGUUUUAACAAUGUUCUAAUACAUACUACAUAUAUUUUUUUAAAGAAAUUAUUGUGAUAAUUAUAACAUAUAGUAUAAUUCAAAAAAUCAAAAACAAAUGGGAAAUAAUUUCAAGAAAAAUUAAAUAAUGUCUGAAUUUAUAUAUUAUUUUUCCUUGUUAGUGUGCGUAUCACUUGGUAGUUAUUAUAAGAAAAUAACCGAUAUAGAUAUGAAACGCAAUUACGGGACAGGGUUAGGCCUGUUAUUAGUCUGCUUGAUUAGUGGUCAUCAGGUGUACCACUCCGCACUUAUGGUUUGGGGGAAUAUUAUCAUUAUCAAAUGCUGUGACAGGCGAUAUUUACACCAAAUUAGUUUAGCAUUCACAUGGAUAUACUUGUUAUACCUUCAUUUAAAUGUAACGAACAUUUACAUAAUAUGGCUGAAUCAAACAUUAGCUUUGAAAUUAGUUGGAUUAGCUUUCGAAAUGAAUGCAGUUCAGAUAAGGACAGAUGCCAAGGGAAUUAGCGUGUCGAAAAUUAAUAUUAGAGAUGUUGACAGCAUUCCACCGGAACCCAGUGCAGCUGAUAUUAUUGCGUAUUCUUAUUAUUUUAUUGGACUUCAUAGAGGUCCUUAUUAUAGAUGGAAAAUUUUCGAUGAUCAUUUCAAUGCCCCUUUCGGAGUUUUAGGAGAUUGCAGGAUUAUUACGGAACAAAAGUUAAAAAAGGCUAUUGUAUGUGGACUUGGAUAUUUGCUAUUGCGCUCAAAAUAUUCUCCAGAGCUAUAUUAUGAAGACGUAUUCUACAAUAUAUAUGGAGCUGAUUUUCGUUAUUUGUACAAUAUACCGCAAUUGACGAUGUAUUUCCUCCACUGGCAGACGGUCAUGAUGUUGUGCACUAGUGUCUUUACUGAAGCUGGGUUUGGAGUGUACCCGGCUAAAUGUCAACCAAUUCCAGGAUUUGGACCAUCAACUCAUUUAAGUUUUGUUACAUUGGCGACAACUUCUACGGAUGUGGCGCUUGAAGAGGAAUACAAUUUCUCAAUGCUAAAAUGUUUUAACAUUGAAGGGUUGCUGAUAGGACCAAAGAUGAAGGAUACUAUGCGUAGUUGGGACAUGCCGACACGCUAUUGGUUCUGGGCAUAUGUACAAAAAACCUUCAUCAAGUCUAACAAAGAAGUGAGGAGUGCAUUUUCUCUUCUAGUUUGGACGUUAUGGUCUGGUCCAACGUUACCUCAAUUCAUAAUUGCGUCUACGUUGUGGGUUUACGUUCACCUUGAGGCCGAGUACAGUGUUUUAUACGACACAUCUGGCGCACUAAAGCUUCCAUGGGACAUCGGAUUUUCAAUUAUGCGUAUGUUUUGUCUACUGUACCUUACUCCAUGUUUCGUUAUUAAAAGUACUGAUACCGUCUUAAGGUAUUAUAAUUCCAUUUUUUGGGUCUUCCAUUUGCUCCUAAUCGUUUUGAUGAUUUAUUCAGUUAUCGUUUAUAAAACUAGAAGUGCUUAUGAAUAAAUAUAUAAUACUUA